AUGUUUGAUGAAAAUGUACCUUCGCUUGUUUCUGGUAAUUACAAUUCUGCUCCCAUAGACUAUUCCUCUUUGCCUUUUCAACCAGAUGUAUUUUCUUCUUCGUCCACUUCUCCUUCUGCCCCCGCUUCAGCUGUUCCAAAUCUUGUAGUUUCGCCUUCCGAUUUAGAUUCUCCACAACUUCUUAAACCUUCCACUUCUUCUAACCUCUCUUCCUCUUCCUCUUCAUCUUCUGUAGAUAUUCAGGUUGUGCCCUCCACUCCUUUAACAUCUAAUCCUCUUCCUCCUCCUUCUACCCCCAUUCCUCAACGUGUACUUCCUCCACCUCGAUCAUCCUCUUGCGAACGUCAUCCAUCCUCGAGAGGUAUCCUAUACUCUCAACUGCGCGAGGCUGAAAAAGCAAAAAGUGAAUCAAUCAUUGCUUCGCAACGGGCAACGAGUGCUGAACGUUUGUUGAGUAUACAGCCUUCCAACGAGCAAGGGGGUGACGUUGAAAACCCAUUCAUUUCACUUUGCUCCGUUGGAACGUUAGAACCUUCUCCCUCUCAAGUCAUCGACACCUCUCUCAUUUCGCUCGACGUUGAAGACUAUCUCUCACGAGACAAAGACGCAUUUUUCGAGGCCAUUCUGCUCUCAGUCAGGAGCGAUCGCAAACGGAAUCCUCUCUCUCCCAACUAUGAUCUCAAAAUACCACCUGCCAACUAUCAGGAGGCCAUGCUGCACCCCGACGCCGAUCAGUGGUGA